UAUAUAAAAUGAAAAGUGCACUCAGUACUCGAUAUCGGCGAGUACUCGUAGUGGCGUCCCGGGCACCGAGAAUGAAACGAUUUGAUGUCGUGGCGGUCUUGAACUCGCGCGUCAAGUCAAGGCCGGACUUGACGCGAGAGCGGAACCCGUUUUGUGGGUCCGCGGGACCAGACCGGCGACGACCCGUGCGGGAGCGAUGACGCCGUCCCGCCCGACCGGCGAGAACGUUCGUGUGCUUACUUGAUGGAUUUUGCAAUAAAAGCUUCAAAAAGAAAAUAAACGUGACCACACUGCCCUCUGUUGGCCUGACAGCGAACUGACUGACGCGUUGUCGCGCAUCGACUACCGGAGACAAAAUUCCACACUUGGCCGACAAAGCUGAUUCCGAUCCUGAUUCUGAUCUUUUGUGAUGACGCGAAGGAAACCCGAUCAGAGCAAACGUCGUCCAAAAAAGGGGAACGUUUAGGCUUUGUUUUUCUCGAGUUCACGUAUGUGAUGCCAUAUUUCUAUGAAAUAAAUGAUGUGCUGUGCAUGUAUUUAACUUUUGCGCGCAGAGGCGGGGGAAAAAAAAAAAAACAAACAAAAUUCAGCUCAUGUCAAUAAUAACCGUCUUUAGAGUGGUUUUCCGGUUUUCCCCCUUUGGUCACGUGAUUUUCCGCCUGUCGCCGAACUCUGCUGGGAAAGCGGCGGCGCCCCCUUCGGGUCUGGAAGGAGACGGCGCCUCAAUUCAAAGCUUGGCCGAUCAUUUCCCAGCAUGCCGACACGCGACCUUUUCAAAGGCAACUCGAAAAAGUUCAUCUAAUGAAGUGGGACCAACCACGCGUAGUUUUUGGUGCCUGUUUCGCAAACUUGAUGAAGAGAUAUGCCACAUUCAAUAUGGCGGACGAGCCUACGCGUAUCAAGGCGGUCUCGAGUGAGCCGUCUCCGUUUGGUCGCCGUGCAGCCGACGUCAGACGUCUGCAAUGACGCGAAACGUUGCGGACGUUCUUCCUGCAGCAGGCGGCGGGGGCGGGGCUUAGCGCCGAGCGAGCGUGCACUUGUCACUUGGCUGGGGGGGGGGGGGGGCGGGGGCGAAGGCUGACGGAGGCUGCGGCAUCCGACGGACAACGAGCGUCGAGCGAGCGAGACGGCCGCCUGUGAUGUAGACCGGCUGCCUGCCUGCCUGCCCCCCGUCCCGUCCCGUCCCGUCCCAUCCUGCCCUUCUUCCUGACCCCCCCUCCCCCCUCCCCCCACCCAUGCACCAUGCCGGCGGGGAUGAAGCCGCUCGAGAAGUUCCUCAAGAAGCAGACGAGCGCGCUCAGCCGAGCCGGAGGAGGACCGGGAGGAGCGGGGGGAGGACCGGGAGGAGCGGACAAGGCCGGCGGGGGGAGCGCGGCGGCGUCGCGGCGAAGGGCCAGCUUGUCCCGCGUCGUCCCCUUUUUCAGGGAGCCCUCACCGGAGGGGGGGCAGGCCCGCGACGUCUUCAGCCCCGACAGCGAGGACGCCGCCCCCUGGCCGGCGGCCGCCGCGUCGCUCAACGGUUCGGCCCGCGGCGACGCGCGCAGUCCGUCCUUGUCCAGCGACGAGCAGAGUUCCGACGCCAGCCUGGCCGCCGAGAGCGCCGGGGGGGUCUGCGUUCACGCCGACACGCCCGAAAACCUGAUGCUCGCCGUGCUGGACAGCGUGGCGGGGAAACGUUACGUCAACUGCACAGAAACAUUGCUGGAUGACUUCAUGUUGACUCAUCCCAUCUUCCUGACGGCCGACACCUUCCAGCAAGUUCUCCUGCGGCAGUUCUGUCGGAUCGCGGGCGAGGCGGGGGAGGGGGAGGAGCCGGAAUCGGGAAGGCGGGGUCGGCCGCACGCCGAGGCGGCGGCGCGCGACGGCGUCCGCAGGAAGCGCGCCGUGCUCGGCGUGGCCUUCCGCUACCUGGAGACGUACCGAGAACUGCUGCAGGAGGAGGGAGACAAAUUCCCCAAGGAGUUGUACGUGUGCGCUCUCCAGGAGCUGAGUCGACAUCCGGACCUGGUGGACGACGUGGUCAAACUGGAACGCUGGACCCAAAUGUUGCGCUGCCCUGUCGACGAGGAGAAGGAGAAGGAGAGCCGCAGGAAGCGGGUGCGACCGCUCUUCCGACAUUUCCGGCGAAUCGACGCCUGCCUGCAGCCCAGGGAGGCAUUCAGGGGCUCCGACGAGAGUACGGCGUUUGCCGUUUUCUGCAGGGUUUACACGCCGGACCACUCGUACGUGACCAUCCGCAGCCGGCUGUCGUGCCGCGUGGGCGACAUCCUGGCGCUGGUGCGGGAGAAGCUGCAGUACAGCGACGAGCGGCCGCUGGCGCCCGGGAAGCUCCUCCUGGUCGCCGUCACGUCGGCCGGAGAGAAGGCGGUGUUCCGGCCCAGCGACGAGGCCGUCUUCACCACGCUUGGCGUCAACACGCACCUGUUCACCUGCCAACCCGACGAGCUCGAGUCCCUGCUUCCUCUUCCCGAGGAGAUCCACUGGACGCCCGGAGACAGCAAACUUCACGACAUGUCGGCGGAGGAAGUUGCCAACCAGCUGGUGGCCUUCGACUGGGAGCUCUUCAGCUGCGUGCACGAGGUGGAGUUUGUGUGCUACGUGUUCCACGGCGAGCAGUCCCGCUGGCGCCCCCUCAACCUGGAGCUGGUACUGCAGCGCUGCAGCGAGGUGCAGCACUGGGUCGCCACGGAGACGUUGCAGUGCCACUCGCUGCCCAAACGGGUUCAGCUGCUCAGAAAGUUCAUCAAGAUCGCGGCGCUCUGCAAACAACAGCAGGACCUGCUGUCCUUCCUGGCUGUGCUCCUGGGCUUGGACAACCCGGCGCUCAGCAGACUGAGGCUCACCUGGGAGGGUCUCCCCGGAAAGUUCCGGAAACAGUUCCAGCAGUUUGAAAGCAUCACUGAUCCUUCUCGAAACCACAAGUCGUACAGAGACCUGAUCAGCGGUCUGACGCCGCCACUCAUCCCCUUCACGCCGCUGUUGCUCAAAGAUUUGACUUUUCUCCACGAAAGUUGUAAAACUUUUCACGGUCAACUGGUCAACUUCGACAAGAUGCACAAAGUUGCCGAGAUGGUGCGAAGCGUCCGCAGAUACCGCAGCGGGCAACUGGUCACGGAUACGGAAACGUCGCCAUCCCAUCUGCAGACCAAAGCGUACGUGAGGCAGCUGCACGUCAUCGACAACCAGAAUUUGCUCUUUGAGCUUUCCUGCAAACUGGAACCCCGAGACGGGAAAACCGUCGUGACUCUUUUCCGCCGAAGCACUUUGACGACCCUCAGGGCUCCGAGGUUUUGUUUACUUCUUGUUCGCUUGUCUUGCGAUGACUUCUCAUCAUGAUUAUGAUUAUGGUAUUGCUGUUCUAAUUCUUACGAUUAUAAUCAGAAUUGUUUUUUUUUUUUUUUUUUUUUUAACAAGUUUUAUCUCCUGCCAUGUUUCAGAAAGCCAGUCUCUGGGCUACUAGCAGCUAGCAUGGCAGCCGGCGCGGCGUCAGCUGAUUGCUAGCCCCGGCAACAGAAACGCUAAGCUAACGCUAGCCGAGGCCAGAAGUCGUUUAUGGGAACGGGGACGGCUGCUCCGCUCACGGCUAACGCCAACGCUAGGUCGGCAUUUUCAGGUCGGAAGCCACCCGAAAUGUUUUCCUGUCCCACCCGGAUUGAGGCGGAAGCUGGACUUUUACAUUGAAGGGCGCAAGCCCGAGUGAGUCCAACCCCGCAGGGGUGUCAAACUCAUUUGAGUUCAGGGGCCACAGUAACCCCGAUUUGGGCUCCGGUGGGCACCACGAAACCAAAACCAAAAAAAAAAAAAAAACCCACUCGUUGUUGGAAAUCGUAUGAGUAACGUGCAAUAUGUCGACAAAAACCAUUUGGAGUAGAAUUACGAAAUCCGUCGUCUUUCUUUGAGGUGCAACUUGGCGAUGAGAGUGGAGGGAGCGCCUCGGAGCAUUUAUAAAACUUAAUUACUUGACAUAUGCAUACGCUCCGGCGGGCACCAAGGGUCCGUUGCAUUGAGAAACGGCAGCGAAUCCGUUCUCACCCCCCACCCCCGCGAGGGCCGUGGGUUUGACACCCCUGCCUUUUUCACUCCGGCGGAGACGUUUGUGUAAAUAGCCGCCGUGUAAAUACGGAGAGCAAACGGACGCAAAAUCUAUUUUCCCUAAAAGUGUCCGGCUUGCUUUUCUUUUGUCAUUUUGACUUUGUGUCAGUUGGACACAGCGGGGAGCUACCUAGCUAGUUAGCGCCCAGCCGGACCGCGUCGUCGUCGUCGAGACCACAACGAGGCCGUUAGCCAGCCCGCUAGCGAGCCCGUCCCGAGGCCUCAGCGGAAAUUGAGUGAAGUGGAUUUGCGAGUCGGGUAUUUUUCAAACUGGAUUCUUUGUAAUGUGAUUUUUCUGCAAUUUUUUUCUCCAGCCGCUCAAAUAAAAAAUACAAAAUCUGACAUGAGGCGGCGUGCGACCGCUCUUUUCACUCCGCGAGAAUGUCAGUCGAAUCCAGGUCGCAUUUUUGUGCUAUUGGCUGC